CAUCAGGAAGAGAAAAAAACAACUUUUCGCCUCCGGUUGGGACUCCGUGUCGUCCGCGGCUGGAUGGACAAGCCAAAAGAAAUCAGAGGGAAGUUCUUCUUCCUCUUCCUGGCUACCUUCAUCUUCCUCCUCUGCCUCGCCGUGAGGACGCCCAGGACGUACGGGUCCGUCCCGCAGCCGCGUCGGGCGUUGGACGCUUGCCCCUCGCGGACCUCCUCGGAGACCAUCACCCCCCUAAACAACACCAAGCACUUGCUGGUGUCGGCCUACAUGGACCGGAGAGAGGCCGGCUCGGACAUGCGCAUCAUCGGCAUAUUCAAGAGAGACUCCAUCCGACCCCUCCACUGUGUUUUCUGCUGCGCGGGCCGGUUGUCGAGCACGACUCCGGGGACCAUCAUGCAACACUCUGACCGCUUUGGGUUCCCCUACGCCACCACGGAUGUCAUGUGUCGGAUCCCUCGAGACUGCAACGCCACACACGUCGAUCUGCUGACUCAGCCGGGCAGAGUGAGGCCGCUUCACCAGAGCUGGCUUCCAAUAAGAAACCAGAAGACCAACGAGAAGAAGAAGACGGAGGAGUUUCAGUUCAACUUCACAGUCUGCAUCUCCAACCUGUUCGGAGACUACAACAAUGUGCUUCAGGUUGCACAGUCCCUGGAGAUGUACAGGUUACUGGGCGUGGACCGCGUGGUGAUCUACAACACCAGCUGCGGCCCGGACCUGGACCGCCUGCUGCGGGGCUACGUCCAGGAGGGCUUCGUGGAGAUGGUCCCCUGGCCCAUCGACCGGCACCUGAACCCGUCUCGUGGCUGGCUCUUCUCGCAGAGCGGGGGGGACGUGCACUACUUCGGCCAGCUGACCACGCUCAACGAGUGCGUCUACAGGUCCAUGGAGCGCUCGCGCUACGUCCUGCUGAACGACAUCGAUGAGAUCAUCAUGCCGUACCGACACGACAACCUGACCGCCAUGAUGGACGCGCUGCAGCGACAGCAUCCACAUGAGGGGGUGUUCCUCAUUGAGAACCAUACAUUUCCCAAGAAACCCUUCGAGGAAAGUAAAUGGGGUCCCCUGCCUCGGUGGAGAGGGGUGCCCGGCUUUAAUAUCCUGGAGCGCGUCUACAGGGAGGAGCCUGACAGGAGCAUAUACCACCCCCACAAGAUGAUAGUUCAGCCACGGGCGGUGCAGCAGACCUCGGUGCACGAGGUGCUCAAGGCCUUCGGGCCAGCGUUCAAGGUUCCCCCAGACGUGUGUCGGACCAUUCACAGCCCGAUCAGCACCCCGACUGAGCGGCCGCUGGAGCAGCUCCACGUGGACACCCGGCUGAGGGACUUCACAGAAGGUCUGCUGCCCGGCGUGGACGCGGUGCUGAGGAGGGCGGGCCUUCUGACUUCAGAGAGGCAGAGAUGAUGGUCAGACGCUCAGAUGGACACCGAAGUGCACACACACACACACACACACACACACACCUGCAGGCCAUUUAUUAAGGAUAGCACUCCUGCAACAACUGAAGAAGCUUUUAUUAAUGCUCAGUGGUCAAUGUUGAAUGUGACACGAUGCAACUUCAUCUGCAUCUCUGCUUCUGUAAUAAAAACGACUAUUUUGACCCAA